CUGGGAUCCUAGGGGUGGCACGUGUGGCCAUAGGAACCAAGUGAUCAACAAGACAGCCAUGGGGCUGCUGACCGGGGAUGCCCUGACGCCCCUGGCCAUAACCGUGGCCAUCUUCCUGCUCCUGGUGGACCUGAUGCACCGGCGCCAGCGCUGGGCCUCACGCUACCCACCGGGCCCCAUGGGACUGCCUGGCCUGGGCCACCUGCUGCAGGUGGACCUCCGGGAUCCCACAAACUACUUCAGAAAGCUGCGGCAACGUUACGGGGACGUGUUCAGCCUGCAGCUGGCCUGGACCCCUGUGGUCGUGCUCAAUGGGCCGGUGGCCGUGCACGAGGCACUGGUGACCUGCGGUGAAGACACCUCGGACCGCCCUCUGAUGCCCGUUUACGAGCACCUGGGCAUAAAGCCGCACUGCCAAGGGGUAAUCAUGGCACCCUAUGGCCCUGCCUGGCGGGAGCAGCGCUGCUUCUGCAUGUCCACUCUGCGCAACUUCGGCCUGGGCAAGAAGUCGUUGGAGCAGUGGGUGACCGAGGAGGCCGCCUGCCUCUGUGCUGCCUUCUCUGACCAAGCAGGACGCCCCUUCAGCCCCAAGGAGCUCCUGAGCAAAGCCGUGUGCAACGUCAUCGCCUCGCUUACCCAUGGGCGUCGCUUUGAGUAUGAUGACCCGCAAUUCAUCAGGCUGCUGGGCCUAGUGCAGGCCAUGAUGCAGGAGGCAUCAGGCCCUGUCCACUCAGUGCUGAACGCAGUCCCCGUGCUCCUGCGCAUCCCGGGGCUGCUCGACAGGUUCUUCUCGGGACACAAAGCCCUCGGGGCCAUGCUGUACAAGCUGGAGACUGAGCACCGCAGAACGUGGGACCCCACGCAGCCACCCCGAGACCUGACUGACGCCUACCUGGCCGAGGUGCAGAAGGCCAAGGGAGACCCCAAAAGCAGCUUCAAUGAUGAGAACCUGAGUGUGGUGAUUGGUGACCUGUUCAUAGCUGGGAUGGUGUCCUCAGCCACCACUCUGGACUGGGCCCUCCUGCUCAUGGUCCUGCACCCGGAAGUGCAGCGCCGUGUCCAGCAGGAGAUCGAUGAGGUCAUAGGGCAGGUGCGGCCACCAGAGAUGGCAGACCAGGCCCGCAUGCCCUUCACCUGUGCUGUGGUCCACGAGGUGCUACGUUUUGCCAGCAUUGGGCCACUUGGUUCACCCCACAUGACAUCGCGUGACAUAGAAGUACGGGGCUUCCUCAUCCCCAAGGGGACAGUGCUCUUCACCAACCUGUCAUCGGUGCUGAAGGAUGAGGACACCUGGGAGAAGCCCUUCCGCUUCUAUCCGGAACACUUCCUCGAUGCUCAGGGCAACUUUGUGAAGAAGGAGGCCUUCAUGCCUUUCUCCACAGGUCGCCGUGUGUGUCUCGGGGAGCCCCUGGCCCGCAUGGAGCUCUUCCUCUUCUUCACCUGCCUCCUGCAGCGCUUCACGUUCUCGGUGCCCGCGGGGCAGCCCCGGCCCAGCGACCACGGGGUCCCUGGCACACUGGUGACCCCGCCCCCCUACCAGCUCUGUGCUGCAGUUCGCUAGUUGGGGGACAGUGAGUCCCUAACCCACUUCUCUGCAAGCCUUGAUCCACAAUAAAACAGUUCG